UCCCCUCUGCUGAAGAAACUCUACUGUCAAAUUGCAAAGACGUGUCCGAUCCAGAUCAAGGUGUCCACGCCGCCUCCUCCGGGGACCGUGAUCCGGGCCAUGCCGGUAUACAAGAAGGCGGAGCACGUGACCGAAGUGGUGAAACGGUGCCCGAAUCACGAACUCGGACGGGAUUUCAAUGACGGCCUCUCAGCGCCCGCCAGCCAUUUAAUCCGCGUGGAAGGCAACAAUCUCUCCCAGUAUGUGGAUGACCCCGUGACCGGAAGACAGAGUGUCAUGGUCCCUUAUGAGUCCCCCCAGGUGGGUACCGAAUUUACCACCAUCCUGUAUAACUUCAUGUGCAACAGCAGCUGCGUGGGAGGCAUGAACCGGCGACCCAUUUUAAUCAUCAUCACGCUGGAGACGAGAGACGGGCAAGUCUUGGGGCGACGGUCGUUCGAAGGUCGGAUCUGUGCCUGCCCCGGCCGAGACCGGAAAGCCGACGAGGAUCACUUCCGAGAGCAGCAGGCUCUGAACGAAAACGCCGUGAAAAAUGGGAACCCCAACAAGAGGACUUUCAAACAGAGUCCUCAAAGUAUUCCAGCUUUGGGGGCCGGUGUUAAGAAACGGAGACAUGGAGAGGAGGAAAUGUAUUAUGUGCCGGUUCGAGGUCGGGAAAACUUCGAGAUGUUGAUGAAGAUCAAGGAAAGUUUGGAGCUGGUCGAGCUGGUCCCCCAGCAGCUGGUUGAGUCAUACCGGCAACAGCAGCAGCAGUUUUUGCAGCGCCAGACCCACCUCCACUCUCCGUCUUCGUACGGCCCGGUCCUGUCCCCGAUGAACAAGAUUCACCCAGGAGGGAUCAACAAGCUACCGUCUGUGAACCAGCUUGUGGGUCAGCCGCUUCAGCAGGGGCCUGGUGCGGGGCCAAAUCUUGGGCCCAUGG